AUUUACAGUGUGUGCUUACUUGAUAAAUAACCUCAAAUUUAAAAGAUCUGCUUUUGGUUUGUUAAGACAAAGACAAGGAACCUUAUCUUAAGAUAUAGAUCAUUCUAAGGCAAGAUCUACCAACAUGUUCAAAUUUUCGGAGGCAAUUGUAUUGGCAUUUCUAAUUCAGAUUUCAUCGUCGCAAAAUUCAACGUUAGACAUCCCUCCUACUCCAACAGACCCUCCGAGCUACGACUCUAAGAGCGAGCCUCGUGCCCUUUACUCUCUUCCUCCUACAGGAUCUUCUUCAUUCGAUUCCCUUCCACCAACAGAAGCUCCUCAGUUCGAUUCUCUACCGCCAAUGGGUCGUCCCCAACUUGAUCCUCUACCGCCUACUGAACCUCUUUCAUUCGACUCUUUACCACCCAGGGAACCUCCCCAAUUUGAUCGUCUACCACCAACGGAACCACCUCAGUUCGUCAACAUACCAACCAGGGAACCUCCCCAACUUGAUCGACUAUCACCGAUAGAACCACCACAAUUCGACUCAAUACCCACAAUAGAUCGUCCUCAGUUCGACUCUUUACCAUCCGGGGGACCCCCUCAAUUAGACCGUAUACCACAAACGGAACCCCCGACUUUCGAUUCUCUAGCACCCACAGAUCCCAGUCAAUUCGAAUCUCUACCAUCUUCAGGACUUCCUCCCUUCGACUCUCCACUUCCGACAAGACCUCGUAUCCUAAACUCCCCUUUACCAUCGGUGGUUCCUACAUCUGCCGAUUCCGCCCCUCCUGUCGUUCCUUCUUCCUUAGACAAUUAUGGCGGGAAUGUUUCCAAUUACAGUAUCGAGUACACCAAAAACCUGAAGGACAUAAUGCAGAGGUUUAAAAUCUCAGUGGCGGAGUUUGAAUCGAUGUUUUAUGCUUUCAUAAAUGGCGGGAAUCCAAAAAUUACAAAGAUUGUGUAUAACCCUGAUACCGGCAAAAACGAGACCGUGACAAUUGAUUUCAAGCGCAUUGCUGGAGGUGAAGGUUUUCCAUCUGAAGCCCGACAAAGGCCUAUAUCGUCUGCUCGAUCUGAUGCCCCACGAAAUGCUGAUGUUUUGAAUUCUGGCCCUGUUGGUUUGAACACAACGCAACCCAAACAAAAAAUACCUAUCCCAGUGUUUCCACCAAUGUCUGAAUUUUUCAAGAAUCCAACACCAGUGGUAGUGAACGGUAUAUUACCUGAAUCAAUAGAUCUUGAUCUUGCUGCGUUCAGAGAACACGAAGCAAAACUUAUUGACGACGUGAAACUUCUGAUGCGUCGCCGAGAGGCAUUAGAUGAAUUUUUUUCUAGAGGAAAUCUAACUGAUGAGAAUUACCGAAUUUUGUUGGAAAACACAGAUAUACAAAUACGUGAUAAUUACGGAGUUUUAAAGCAGAUUCAGGACGCCAUCCGCAAGUAUCUGGGUAUUGGAACCCCACGAGCUUUUAGUCAACAGCUGCCAAUGGUGACACCGGAGGCUUCGCCAAUACCAGAUUUUAUGGGUUCGGGUUCAAUCGGAGGCCAAUUGCUGACCCCAGAUGAAAAGCUGACAUUUAUUCAGUCAGAAAUUGAUAGGUUGCAACAAGCAAGUGCUGGACUUUUGGAGAGACUUCAAAGUCUACAGAUGCCAAAUAUUGACUCUGUUGCUACAGCGGAUAUUAAUGAAAUGCCACCUAAACUAAAUGUACGUGGUACAAGCAAUGAUGCUAUGAACUUUAUGAAUUCCUUGGAUGGAACGAUCCUAUCCCAAUCAACCGCAGGCUCCAUUUCUGAUUUAGAUUACAACGACGGUGACAUACAUGUAUCUAAGCCUGCUGUUCAACCCGUUGGUUCUCUAGAGGGUGACAGUACUGUACCUAUAGGACCGGCAGUUCCUAUUAGCGGGUUCUCUUCUGAAGCUUCUGGUCUUCUGCUGCCAAGGGAUGAAACUAUGUAACUUCAAAGUCGACAAGUUCGACUCUUUAGGCAAAGGCCAUUGGUCAUGGGCAUGACAAGUAGACAUUUCCUUAAAAAUAGCCAACCUGUGCGGUUAAUACAUGUAUAAUACAUGUAUAAUACAUGCAAUGUUGUGUUAAUCUAUGAUUGUCUUUUUAUCAGCAGGAUAUACGGUAUUCAAUUAAUGUCUUCCAUAGAAUGUUCUCAUAAACAUGCUGACAAAGGUUUGUGUACAAGAAAGUUAGAACAGAAACAAAUUUUACGUGUAUGAGAUAAAAUUAGAAGUAUUUGUUUAACAUAAUCAUUGUUUUUUUUCUUCUAAUAAUCACAUUAUAAAGAAUUGUGAGUAAAAGCACCACAUCUUUAACUGUUCAGCAUUAUCAUUUAAAGCAAGUGUCUCAACGAAAGGGCAAUUUCUUCCAUGGGUAAGGGAUUAAAAUUGGGAUAAGGCUGAAGAAUCGAGAAAUAAAUAAAGUAAGAGUGGGAGGGAUUUAUGAUAUAUGAUGUGUAUAUAGCAUAAUUAAUGAUUUCUUUAUUAAAGGAUACAACUUCA